AUGUGCCCCACGAACAGCAGGCCAACGCGGGGUGUUCACCGCCCGCUGUGGUCCGUGCACUGGCACGCCCACAUUCGCGGCGUGGCCGGUGAGAGCAUCGCGCUCGGAGCGUUCGACACCGCCGCGGAGGCCGCACGCGCCCACGACUGCGCCGCCGUGAAGCUCCGCGGCAAGCAGGCCGUCAAGGAGCUCAACUUCGAGUUCGACAACUACCGGGCGCUGCUCGAGGGGGACAUGGACGGGCUGCCGUGGCGCACGUUCCUCGAGAGCGUGGACUCGGUCGCGGAGCAGGGCUACGACGCCUCGCUGGGCUGGGAGCGCUGCUCGCGGUUCAGGGGCGUCGUGCGGACGCCCGCGCACGAGAACCAGUGGGAGGCGUUUUACGCCAUGCCGGACUCGGACAAGCCGCUGAACCCUGCGAUGGAGGCGGAGGUGUCGGCGCUGGUGGACGAGGCGGGGCGCGGGGGGCAAGACGGCGAGGACGCGGUGAUGGCCGACGACAGCUCGCGCACCGUGCUGCGCGCCGUGGCCUCGACGCAGACGGAGGGCGAGCCCCUGAUCCUGCGCCCGGUGCACGCCGGCGGGCGCGGGGGGGAAGGGAAGCCGGCGCAGCGCACCAGCCCGCGGUUCGCGUAG